GGGGGACAUCGGGACCGGGAGGACCACCGGGAGGACCCAGGAACGGGGAUCGAGACCGGGGGCCACGGGGGGGAAACCAUCGACACUGGGUGGUGCACGGAGACGGGACAUCGGGAUAGAGAUGAGGAGUAUGGGAACGGGGACCAGGGGGAUACACCGGGACUGGGAUCAGGACCGGGACCAGUUUUCGGGAGGGCAAAGAACUGACACCGGGGAGCACCGGGACCAAGAAAGGGGUGGAAUCGGGACUGUGGGGGAAUACCGGGAUCAGAUCGGGGACCAGGAGUCGGGACGGAGGAUAAUCAGACCCGGGAGGGCUGGGAUCGAGUGGGUGAGAGAGGCACCGUGACCGGACCGAGGGAGGAGCUGGGUUGGGGAGCGGGGCCGCGGGGAGGAGGGAAAGGACGGGGACUGGACUUGGAGCAUCACCGGGACCGGGCAGGGGGAAGCUGGAUGGAGGUGUCACCGUGCCUCCCUUGUCCCCAGCGGCCCCCGGGGCUCAGCAUGGCGGGCCGGGGCCGCGGCCGGGGCCGGGGGCAGAUGACGUUCAACGUGGAGGCCGUGGGGAUCGGCAAGGGGGACGCGCUGCCCCCGCCCACGCUGCAGCCCUCGCCCCUCUUCCCGGCCCUGGAGCGCCGCGCCGCGCCCCUGCCCGGGGGCGAGGAGGGCGAGUACAUGCUGGCCCUGAAGCAGGAGCUGCGCAGGGCCAUGAGGGGACUCCCCUACUUCGUCAAACCGGGGGCACCCCGCAGAGACAUCGAGCGCUACUCAGACAAGUACCAGCUCUCCAAUCCUGUGGACAGUGCCAUCGACUGGAACCCAGACUGGAGGCGGCUCCCACGGGAGCUGAAGAUCCGGGUGCGGCGGCUGCGGAAAGGCAGGACCACUCCCCUCGUCCCCAAGCAACACGUGGCACUCGACAAGGAGGAGACUAUUAAGAAGCUGGAGAGCCUGGAGAAGAAGGAGGAGGAGGUGACGUCAGAGGAGGAAGAGGAGAAGGAGGAGGAAGAAGAGGGAAAGGAGGAGGAGGAGGAGGAGUACGAUGAGGAGGAGCACGAAGAGGUGGAAAGGGGAGCACCCUGGGGUUGUUGGUGGGUUGGAGACAUCCCCAGGUGCCACUGUGUUCCCCCGUGUCCCCCCACAGGAGACUGACUACGUCCUGUCCUACUUUGAUAAUGGAGAGAGCUUCGGCCCUGAUAGCGAUGAUAACGGCGACGAGGCAGUGUACUGACCCCGAGAGCGGGUACCCGCGAGAGCCUGCACCCCAUAGGCUGUGGGGAACCCCGAGAGUGGGGACCCUCCUCCAGCAGCGGGGACACCUUGAAAGCGGGGACUCCCCCACACUUCUGCCACAGCAAGGACCCUUUGCCCCUCCCACAGGACAGUGGGGAUCCCCUCACCUCCCCAGGACAGUGAGGACCCCCUCUCGCCCCUCUUUGGGGCAGUGGGAUCUCCCGUCAUCCCCCGCGCCCCGCCACCAGGUGGUGCCGGUGGGCCGGGCCCUCCGGGGGCGUGGCCACACGGGGGGCGUGACCACGCAGGGGGCGGGGGCAUACCGGGGGCGGGGAGGGGGGGCCUGGUUUUGAGGUGGGUUUUGGUGAUGGGGAGUCAGCAAACGUGCCCUGGCCCCCCUCUGGCCAACCCCCCCUUUUACAGCAGCUUUUAACUUUUGUGCUUUUCUAAUUAAACAAAUUAAUUUAAUCAAA